GUUUAGUCAUGUUAAUUGAAUCCUGUUCUUCUGAAAAUCAUCCUGCUGAAGUUCCAACACAGAGCACUUUCCCAUUUUCUCCCCUCCGUGAGCUGCUGUGAUGUCUCUUCCCAUGGAAUAUAGCUCCUUUCACAGGGACCAGACCAUGGACAGCCUGGAGCGACAGCUCAUUUGCCCCAUAUGUCUCGAGGUUUUCACAAAGCCUGUCGUCAUACUGCCCUGCCAGCAUAACCUGUGCCGAAAGUGCGCCAACGACAUCUUCCAGCCAUCUCUGUUUCAGGCGCGGGGCACGACAGUGGGUGCUGGGGGCAGGUUUAGAUGCCCCUCCUGUCGUCACGAGGUGGUUCUGGACAGACACGGGGUCUACGGCCUCCAGCGCAACCUGCUGGUGGAAAACAUCAUCGACAUCUACAAGCAGGAGUCCGCCAGCUCCAGACCCCUGCCCAAGGCCACAGGUCACCCUACCUGUGUGGAGCACGAAGAAGAAAAGGUCAACAUCUACUGCAUAUCCUGCCAGGUGCCCACCUGCUCUCUGUGUAAGGUGUUCGGCUCCCACAAAGACUGCCAGGUCGCUCCCCUGCCCGAUGUCUACAAACACCAGAAGUCCGAGCUCAGUGAUGGUAUUGGAUGUCUGGUCGCAGCCAAUGACCGUGUGCAGGCAUUCAUUAGUGAGCUGGAAGACACCUGCAAGAACCUGGAGGACAACUGCAAAAGCCAGAAGCAGACGCUGUGCGAGAAGUUUGAUCGCAUGUACGCCAUCCUGGAGGAGCGCAAGAAGAUCAUGCUGCAGAGGAUCACCUACGAGCAGGAGGAGAAGACCAGCCACACCCGCUCCCUGAUCAGGAAGUAUGGUGAGCACAUAGAUGCCAACUCCAAGCUGGUGGAGACCGCGCUGCAGUCCAUGGAGGAACCCCAGAUGGCCGCCUUUCUGCAGAGUGCAAGAAAUCUGAUUGAAAAAAUCACAGAAGCAACAAACGGCUCAACAGUGGAGACUCUGGACCCCGGCUAUGAGAACAUGGAUCACUAUAAGGUGGAUUUCAAUGCAGAGGAGAGGGUACUCUACCAGCUGGAUUUUGUAAAAGCUGAAGAGGAGCUGGAGGGGGUGGGUGAAGAGGAGCAGGAGCAGUGUGCUGGCGAUGAUGCAGAGGACUUGGGGCAGAAGAGCGCCGACCAGGGGGACACGGAGGACACCAAGGGACAGGCCGAAGACGUCAGAGACUCCAUGAAGGCGGACAUUUGUGACGCUGAGGGAGGCAGCGCGCAGCAGGAUGACCAAGAACUAUCACACGAAGAGCAUGAUGCAAAUGACUUGGAGAUACAGGGUCUCCUGGCAGAGGCCAGUGAGGAUACCAAGCUCUAUCCUGACUGGUAUAAAUCCAAUGCCUGGCAGGUAGUUAGCCCCACCUUGGGCCUGUCCAGUGAACCCCUGGACAACUCAAACACAAGCUCUCAGCCAAGGGGGGACCCUAAGCAGCUGUGGAUGGCCAGCAGUUUCAUCCCAGUAGGUGCAGAUGACACAACUGGGCCUGUGCAGAAAGAAGGGCUGGAAAGCACUCAGGACUUUGUGGCCCUGGGUGCUGAGAUGACUGGGGCUAGUGAAACACCUGCAAUUCAGCCCAGCACAGCUACCACAGCUACACAGAAUGACCAUGAAAGGCCGGCCCAAAUUCCUAACAGCGAGGAUCAGACAAGUCAAAGCACAGCACCUAUCAAUGAGCCUGUACGACACCUCUUUUCCUUUUCCUGGUUAAACGCACUUUCAAAAAAGAACAAAUAAAGUAUUAAAGGGACUCUUUGUUUUUGCUCUCUGGGCAGAGAACAAUUGAAAAUGUACUGAUGAAAGAAAAACCAAGGAGAGAGAUGUGGCUGUAGCUGAGUUGAUGUGGGUUUAUUGAGGAAAAACGUGAAGUUGUAAAAUGGUACUAUCAACACAGAAGAGAAUCAAGCACAUUUUGGUUAACUUAUGUGACUUGUGAAUGAAAGAAAAAAAGCAGAAUGUGGAAUAUUGUGUAGGAUGAAGUGGUUUUGUUGAUUUCAUGUCUUAAAAUUAACAUGCACUUUUGAUUAUUUGUAUCUUGAUUGCAUUAAACAUUCUUUUUUUAGCUGUAGCGAUAUAUUUAUAUAUAUCAGUGGUCUUUUAAACUCAUUAAUUAAAUGUUUUACUAUCUGAGCUCCAGCAUAAUUAAUGCCUGCUUUGAGCUCUAGUUUAUUUUAGCUACAAAGCUGUUACCAGCACAUUCAUGUUUAUUUCUGCUACAUUCAUGUCUGAAGGUGUUCCAUUGAAUUAGAUUAAAAUAGAAAUUGUUAUAGAAUUUUGCAGUAAAUUUGCAAUUGACAGGAAAAAGAAAACUGCAAAUAAAGAAAAAAUAGACUUUUG